AUGUUACGAUUAAAGUCAUUGAUACCCCUUACAAUUAAAAGAAGAAUUUCAAAUGGAAAUCCAAUAGAGGGAUUUGAAUUAACCUGUGGUUUGGAGAUUCACACGCAAUUAAAUACAACGAAUAAACUUUUUUCAAGAUCUGUAAAUAAUCCCUUUGAGUCAAUAUCAAGUCCUAAUGUGAAUACUAGUUACUUUGACAUUGCUUUACCAGGAACGCAACCCAUAUUGAACUACGAAGCCGUUCUAUUUGCACUUAAACUUGCUUUGUCUUUGAAUAGCACUGUCAAUCUUUCUUCACAAUUUGAUAGGAAGCAUUAUUUCUACGGUGAUCAGCCUCAAGGAUAUCAAAUAACUCAACACUAUCAUCCUUUCUCAAAGGGUGGCUAUCUAAGAUUAUCUAAAGAAUUCGAUGAAAUAAAAGAACUCUCGAAGGAAAUUAGAAUAACACAAUUACAAAUUGAACAAGACACAGCACGUUCUCUAUACCACCAGUCGUCACAACAGAACUCUGGUGAAGAAACGUUAAUAGAUCUCAAUAGAUCAAAUGUGCCACUAAUCGAGCUUGUUACUGAACCAGAUUUCCAUGAUAUAUUACAGGUUAAGGCAUUUAUAAAGAAAUAUCAAAAUCUUGUUAGACAACUCAAAAUAUCAACAGGUGACUUAGAAGCUGGUUCGAUUCGUAUCGAUGUGAAUGUAUCGGUAAACGAACAUCCUAGAGUUGAAUUAAAAAAUUUACCUAACACAUCCUCCAUUAUCAAUGCCAUUAAAUAUGAAUAUGAAAGGCAAGUAAAUGUACUGAAGAACAACGAACAGGACUCUUCUACCGUUGUUGAAACUAGAGGCUGGGAUGGUUCUAAAACUACGGUAUUAAGAUCCAAGGAGUCAACAAUGGAUUACAGAUACAUGGCAGAUCCAGAAUUACCUCCAAUUGCGUUAAGUUCUGAUGUCUUAUCCGAAGUUGCAAAGACACUUUCUAAAGAUGCCGAUGAUUGUAUAAGGGAGUUAAUGUCGAACCCUUACAAUUUAUCAAAGAAGGACGCCAGGAUAAUGACCAUUCAAAACGACUUUAAUGAAUUAUACAAUAAUGAGGAAUUACGGGUGUAUUAUAUAGAUACAUUCAAUGCGUACAAAGGCUCGACCGAGGAUAAUGAAAUAAGUGACCCUAAAAUUGUGGUAAGUUGGAUAUUACACGAAUUAUUGGGUAAUUUGAAAAAGUUACAAAUACCUUUAAAUCAACUUUCGCAAAAUAUAUUAUCUCCCAAGAAGUUAGCUAGUUUUUUAAAUAUCGUUCACGGUGGAGUGAUUUCAAAUUCAAAUGCGAAACAGUUACUUUUCCAUAUUUUAGAGGAAUAUAAACUUGGUAGUUGUAAGGAACCUAAAGAUAUCGACUUUAUGAUAUUGAUUAAAAAAUACGAUCUUGAGGUCACAAAAAAUAUUGAUUAUAAUACUUUAGAAGCAGAUUGUAGGGAAAUCAUCGAAACUCUCAAUAAUCCAAAGAUGAUUGAAAGUAUUAAAUCUGGAAAAAAAAAGAACUCGAUCAAAUAUCUUGUAGGGUUAGGUAUGAGGAAAUACCAAGGUAAAAUACAAGCUCAAGAAUUAGAAACAAUGUUCAAGAAAAUAUUAAAUGUGAAAUGA